AAAGAUAUGUUAUCACAUUACAUAUCACCAAAUCAAAGAGACUGGGAUCAAUGGUUACCAUAUGUUCUAAUGGCUUACAGAGGCAGUAUUCAUACAUCAACAGGAUUCAGCCCAUAUUUCCUACUACACGGAAGAGAGCAAGAACUGCCAAUAGACGAAUUUAUCCGACCCAAAAGGACUAAGUACGACAUAGGAGAUAACUACGUGUCAGAAUUAGAAGCCAGAUUAAAAGAUAUCUACCAAAAAGUACAAGUAAAUACAGAAAGAGCAAAAGAAAACAGAGUCCAAAGGUUUAACGAGAACACUCAAGAGCGAGAAUUUCAAGUGGGAGAUCUGACAUACUUACUAGACGUUAGCAGCAAGGUGGGCAUCUCAAAGAAGCUGAGAAACAGAUGGAUCGGACCAUACAAAAUUAUGGAAAGAAUCGGACCAGUCACCUAUAGAGUAUUACCGCCAAAUGGAAGAGCAUCACAAGUAGUACACAUUAAUAGACUAAAACGGUACUACGGGAAAGAAGAUGACGAACAAAAUGAGCACACGGAAGAGCCAGAACAAGAAACAAUAAUCGAAGAGACUGAAAACAAUCAGGAUGUAGAAAUUUCAAGGGCAGCCACAUUACCGACCUGGAUAGAAAGAAAACAGGAAGAUGAGGGACAAUCAACAAUAAGGAAAAGAAGGAAGAGCACACAAGUUGAUAGAGGCACCGUACUACAACCCCCACCAACAAUUAGACGAUCGACGAGAAUAAGAAACAGAAUCUACAGCACCCCAAACAAAAUAAAUCUAAACAGAAUAAAAAGAAAUAGAAAAAACAAAGAAAUGGAAAAACAAAAAGAAGAAAAAUUGGAAGAUUGUAUUCAAAUAGACACAGACACAGAAGACUUCGAGGAUUGCAGUACCCAAGAAUUCUCAGAUAUAGAAGAUUUCAAAGAUUGCGAAUAAAUUAAGACAUAACAAAACAGUUCAUUAGACAUAAAAACUUAAUAUAAAUAAACAAUACGACACUUACAUUGUAAUAGGAUACCAAAACAUUAGAAAUUAAAAUAUUAUUAAGACUGAGAAAAAGCGAGUAGCGGAAAUAUAAACAUUAAACAUUAGGUCAUAAUAUAAUAUUUCAAAACAACAAUGACAUUGAACUUAAAACUCAGAAAUUAUUUAUAAAUAGUACUUUAAUAUUUUAACAGAAAAGCAGCUCGAAUUUUCACAAUCUUACACCAGUAGCGUAGCAUAGGGUAUAUACGAGUUAGGACAAAUAGGAAUAUUUAUAAUAAGUUUGUAACAUAUAAAUAUAGGGAAUUUAAAACACUAGAGUUUAAAGAAAUUAUUAUUAUAUUGUUUAUAGGUAUUAUCAACAAAGAGGAUAAGAAGAAAAAAGAAUGGACCGAAAACGUCACACAGCCUUAGCUUUGGUCAUCAUCAGCAUCCUACCAAGUGUAAUGGCUAUCAUAGCCUACGAUUGUUCCGAAGAAGCAACCAAUAUUACGACAAUAUCACUGAAAGAUGUACAAAAAUGUCCCACACCAGAGUUAACCUACGAAAGCGAAGAUGUCACAGUCCAAGUUAUCCAGAGAAAUGAAUUCCAGCGACAACACAUUUGGACCUGCCUAGUAGAAGUCAACAGAAUAAUGUUCCACUGUGGUAUGUACAGUCACACUUCCAUUGUGGAAAAUGGAGUAUCCAAGUCAAUCCACAAGCUAGGAGCAGAGGAGUGCAGAUCCAUGCACAGAUACCAGUCUCUACAGAUCUUUCGACAAACCAUUGGCAACGUAGCAAUGAAUGGCACAACCACAGCAUCCAUCACGCUGCAAGGACAGUUAGACGACAAAGGAACAUGCCAAGGGGUAACUUACCAAGAAAAUGGACGACUAUGGACCGAUGUAGUAAUAGUAGCAGCAGUAUCAAUUAUGACCAGAGAUUAUGACACGUCAAUAAGCCUAGAUGAGAACGAGAUACACUUACAAGGAGGCGUAACAUGUCCAUACCUAAAAGGAUAUUGUUUCGACUCAACUUAUGGAGAAACAAUCUGGGAGCAAUUCAACCCCCCAUCGUGCGAAGACCACCUCAGUUCAUUAUAUCAAGGAAAAGGAGAAAAAAUAACUAAUAAGAUAACACAAGAAGAAAUAAUAGUAGUCGAAGAAAGUACCAAAUUAUUUGCAUUAGCACUACAGAAAAGAGCUACAUUAUGCGGCAUUGAAGUAUGGCAAACAGAGCACCCACGAAUAUUAGUCCACGUACAAGAAAAUUCCAAGAAAAUCAACACACCAAUGCUUUCACUUCCACAAAAUGUAGACUUGAUGAGCUAUAUAAACAGUAAAUUCUUAUAUAGUGAACAAGCCUACAAAAGACAAUUAGAUAAAUUGUACAUAGACACAGUACAUAGACGUUGCCAGACAAGGAGAGAAAUAUUGAAAAAUCGAUUACUAAUGGCGCCAAUAUUACCCAACGCCGUAAGCCAGCUAAUGCAGCAUGAGCCAGGAUAUAUAGGAAGAGUCCUUGGAGAAGUACUAUAUAUCAUGAAAUGCACACCGAAAAUAGUUAUGGUCAGACGAACAGAUAAGUGUUAUCACGAACUGCCAAUCACGAUGUCAAACCAGUCAAAGUUUAUGUCACCAUUAACCAGAGUAAUACAAGAUUACGGAGAAGAAAUUGACUGCAAUAACCUGAUACCACCUCUAUACUACGUAGAUGAUCAAUGGAUAGGCCUAAAUCCACAUCCAAGAGUUGUAUCACCACCAAAAGAACUAGAAGUAGAAAUGGAGCCAAAAAUACAGUUCGAACCCAUCCAGCCAAUAGGAGCAGAAGGUCUCUACACACAAAAAGAGAUCAUCGAUGCUCAAAGAACCCUCAAAUUCGGUACAGAGAGAAAGGCAGUAGAGAAUAUCCUCAUCAGACGAGCAGCAGGACUGGAAGCCAACAGCCAAGGAUACUCCGUAGCAAACAUUUUCAACACUAACGAGAUCCAACAGCUAGCAAAAUCAUCCAUGAAACAGUUAUGGGGAUGGUUUUCCGAAAUAGGAACAUUCAUGAGUGGACUUAUCGGAUUCUACGUAAUUUUCCGAAUGAUCCACUACGCUGGCAGCGUAAUACUCAACAGCAUGAGAAUCUACCAAACUCUCGGAUGCGGAGUACAACUAAUAGCCAGCAUAGGAACAGCAAUGACGUCAUGGGUACUACACAGGAACCAGUAUCGCCAAACAAAACACGAGGACGACGAUAAACAAACAAUGGAAAUGCAGAGCAUGGAGCAGGGACUCUCUCAGCAAAUGGAUCAAAAACAUUGGACAGAAUCAAGGGAACAAUUAAAAAGCAACAGGAAAAUGGAUAUGUAGGAAGGGCAGAUGAUGGCAGCCAACAAAGCAAAGGACGUGACGAGGAAGAAAGAAAAAGAAGCAAAUUAACCAUCGUAGGAUAAUUGAAUGUAAAAAUUUAUAUGCUUAAUUUUUAGGAAAAUAUUCAGAUUAGGGAGUUCGAAAAAGAAUUGAACAUGUAAGUUCAAUUUUUUUGUCGGAGAGGGGAGUAAUGUAAUAAUUUGGCAAUUAUUUUAAUUAAUCUAAAGAUUUUACAUAAAAAUCUCAUAUAAAUUUUCAAGUACAUUUGACCUUAGAAAUAGUAAACAGUUACUAUAAUAUCAAAGUAAAUUAAAUAUUUGAGUUGACCAAAAAUUUCAAAGAAAGCACGUCUCAAUCAAUAUAAAAAUGAUGUGGAAACGAGGGGAAAAGGACAGUUACUGAGUGGGCCGGACGUUACGCUGUCCGACUACCCAUCGACGCCGAUAAAUCGUAUAUCGGGAAUCAUAAAGUAAUUUUUUUAAAUUGUGAUUUAAUAAUAAAUAUCAGCCAAUCAAUUUAAACUUAGUGAAAUCGAAACUACGUUUCGAGCAAGGUAAGCCUUCCUCUUUCACUACAUUAAAAUUGUGACAGUUCUCUCUUUUUUUCAUUUUUGCCAAGUUAUUUUGUUACCUCUCAUCGUAGAUUUUAAUAGGAAGUGAUAUAGUUUAUUUUUUUGACUUUGGUAGCUACAAGAUCCAACGGGAUUUCUGACAUUUUUUUGCUAUCUAUCCUUACAUUAUUUAUCGGUAUUUUGUUAUCGACGACUGAUUUACCGAAUCAGGCAAGAACCUCAGGGUGGAUCUUGUACCUCCAAACAUAUUGUAUUACUUGAUCGUUUCUUUUGUCUAUGAUUAAAAUUUGUUACAUGUUUAAAUAUAUAUUGAGCUAAAUAUAUUAAGUUGUUAAACGUUCACCUGGUUUUAUCUUAUGUGUGUUAAGAGUUGUUGAGUUCUGCCCGAGUUCUAUAAAGAGGGACAACCCCUAGUUCAGAUAAGCUAUCUAACAAAGUCCAGAGUUGGAUAACUGAAUAAUUAUUUAGAUGUUCUUUUUUUAUUCUUUAACCAAAAUAUAGUCGAUUUAAUCAGGUCUACCUUCCCCUUUUGUCAAAAGACACUCCGGGCACUUUUGCGAAGCCCCGGCGAACCUACUCCCGAGUAAGGACUAUAGGUGCCUAUUGUCAGUUUGCCAAACCAUUUCCUUAAUCCGCUCGUUCUAUUCAUCACGGGGGAAAAUUCUUUUAUUUUAAAUCUAUUAUUUUAUUUUUUCUUUUUUUCUUUUUUUUUGUCACGGUGAGAGUGAAUAAGCUCUAAGGACCUUAUCCCCUGACUGUGGCUGGUGACAGGCUGCCUUUACACUUACAGUGUACACCCCCCGUUGAUGACUAGAGUCCUUUUGGCCACUACAUUAUCAUUUAGUGACAACAGUUACACCCUAAGUGACGGUGGUUGUUACAUUUGGUGACAGCGGUGGGAAGAAGAAGAAGUCAACACCGUACUACCUUUGCCAGAGUCACCCUCAGCACCGUUCCAGGACUAUCACGAAGUCCAAAUCGUGAUAGUUAUCAAAAUCCAGGACCAUACCAAGGGACCCCAGAGUUCCACGAUUUCACGAUCAACAGCAUAGAAUGGGCCUACUUCCAGAACUCCAGAAUCCAAGGCUACAAAGAGACUGUUCCAUCCAAAUCCAGAAACAAGGGCCAACCAGUACCACCAAGCUCUCAGAGGGCAUGAGUUAUACCGCCAAGGGAGCUUGACAUGAUGUCGGGUCCAUUUUGAGUCUGUAGGAGCCAAAUCCACAGCAGGAAGAAAAUGGAGUCAAAUGCGGAAAAAAGGGACCAAAUAAUUCAUAUGGAAUGGACUAAGGUUCAAUGAAAGAGGCCAUUCCCAGUAAUGAGUCAAUAGGGACCACCAGUAGCAGCCGUGUACAGCAGCCAUGUACACUACCAGUCUCAGAGUAACAAAAGAGAGAAGCAGUCCCGAGCAAAUAGUCAACCAGAGAGUCCAAAGCCAAAGUCUAUUGAAAAAUUGAUAGACUACCGUAGCAGAAAGAACCCGUAACCUCAGCCAAAAGGGUUACCAGGUUUAGCAGCCCAAGGACCAAACCAGAUCGGGAAGGGACCAUUCCAGGAAGGUCAAGGAUCAGGGGAUGAUGAGAGGUGACAGCCAGAGAGUAAAGGGUAGUUACGGCCAGCCAAUUAAGAAGACCAAAGAAGAUACAACUUGUGCAGUGAAGCAAGCGUGAG